CACAAUACAUAAACUGAAUGCCUCCUGUAUUUGGUUAAUACACUAUUUGCAUGAUCAUCUUGGCAAACUAUUUUUUUUUUUUUGUAUGUGGUUGACAACUUCCUCCACAGUUGCAGAAACUGCUCUUUCCUAUCAGUUUCUCCCCUGCUUAUCAGUGUUCCUGUUUUGCACUUGUCCAAGAUGUCCAACAUAUGCCACUCUGCUCUCGGAACAGAACCUGAACUAUUUUGGAUGAGCAAUCUUUACAAAAAGUGAAAGUUAAGAGGACUGUGGAUUGUGAAUAUGGAUGAUCUGGCUGAACCGAUAAAGCUGAUUUAGAUGCCAUGAAGAAAAGAAUGGUAGCUGUCCUCUAUUUCUCGUCUGUAUCCUCAGUUAAUGCAGUCCAAGAUGUUGACACAUUUAUAUCAGAUACCCUAAAAGGAGAAAAUUUAUCCAAAAGAGCAAAGGAAAAGAAAGAUGCGCUGAUUAAGAAGAUAAAAGACAUCAAGUCCAACUUCCCCCAAGAAUUUCCCGAAAGAGGAGAACUGGAAGACAAGGAAGAUGAUGAAAGCACUGACAAUCCGUCAUUAGCAUCUGACCGAUAUGAUAAGGAGGAUGAAGGCCCCUCGGAUGGUAAGCAAUUCACUGUAUCUCAGGGUUGCAGUGGUCCUGCGGGCCCCGUUUUUUGUGAACUGAACUGCUGUAUGUCUUGGGAAAAGGGCAAACAGGAAACCGUUAGGAGACAUGUGGAACCUUGUUUCCUACCAUCACAAGCCUGGUACAGAACUGAAGAGCUCUCUCUAGUGGUGAAAAAUGCAGAGUGAUUUUUUUUUUUAAAUGCACACACUGUUGACUUGUUUUUCUGCAGGACCAAAAUAGAUUCCUCACAGUUUCCUCUCCUCCUUCUCCCACAUGAGUCAGUGUUUGAAAUAUAUUGAGAUGUUUUCUUUAGAACAAAUCUUUUGUUAAUUCAGCAUCAGACCCUGGCUUAAUUUUAUUGUGCUGUGUGGCUGGCUCACUGUGUUUCUUGUAUAAAUAAUGGAACAGUAUAUUUGAUGGAUUUCUGGGGGAGGAGCAAACUCCAAAGAAGAAUGAGUUCAUAAAAUAUUAAAUCAAUUAUUCUUAAGAAGUCUUUCAAUUAAUCUGCUGACUUUUAUAGGCUGAUUUCACAUUCAAACCUUUUUUGGCUCUAACCCUCUGCCCUGGUUCUGAGUUUAUAAAAUUUUAAUCAUUUAUACAUUGUUUCUGAAGAUGAGCAAAUGAAUACUGAGGUGGUUGCAUCAUGGCUUGUAAUAGUUAUUGGUUAUACCUGAAAAAUUGCCUCUCUAUCUAGAUAACAGUAUGUAUUGAUUGGUGUCUCAAAUGUAGACCUGGAAGUAAGUAAUCUUUUUUCUUUGCUGUACAAUGAUCAAACUGCGCCACUCUACCUCCAUU